ACUAGCAAACACACUCCUAAUUUGUUUUUUUCCCACCCGGUGCUUUGACCAGGCAUUUACGUUGGGAUCCAUUAGAGGUCCUUCGGAAACCCCCAGGAAGAACAAGAUGACCGUUCACAACUUGUACAUUUUCGAUCGGAAUGGCACAUGCCUUCACUAUAGUGAAUGGAACAGGAAAAAGCAGGCGGGUAUCUCAAAAGAGGAGGAGUUUAAACUGAUGUAUGGGAUGACGUUCUCCAUCCGGUCUUUUGUCAGCAAAAUGUCUCCACUGGAUAUGAAAGACGGCUUCAUCUCCUUCCAGACGAGCCGCUAUAAGCUGCACUACUACGAGACGCCCACCGGCAUCAAGAUCAUCAUGAACACAGACCUGGGGGUGCCCAACUGCAGAGACAUCCUGCACCAGAUCUACAGCACGCUGUAUGUGGAGUACAUUGUGAAGAACCCGCUGUGUGUGCUGGGGGACACCCUUCAGAGUGAGCUCUUCAACUCGCGCCUCGACUCAUUCAUACGAGCACUGCCCUUCUUCAGCGCCCGUGCCGCUUAAAACAAGUGUGAGUGAGUGAGUGAGAGAGAGAGAGAGAGAGAAUGAAUUAGUAUACACUGUGUGUGUGUGUGUGUGUGUGUGUGUGUGUGUGUGUGUGUGUGUGUGUGUGUGUGUGUGUGUGUGUGUGUGUGUGUGUGUGUGUGUGUGUGUGUGUGUGACUAAUUAUACCCAUGUGAACGUGUGGAUAUUUUUCUGUUGUUUGUGUUUUGAACGCUGUCUUGACAACCAUUCUGUUGGACAUGUACAAGAUGAGCUGGCUGUGUCUGACUAUGACUCAUGACUGAUCCCAGGUCAGCUGCAAAACAGUACGUGACCAGACAGACAGCAACACACUGCAGCAGUCAUCUAAAGUAAAGUUAACAUGAAGCGAUAGUGUAAAAAUACACACAUGGUGUCCACACAGGCCACAGCACAGCAACCAUCUGCUGGACGCCUCUUCCAACAUUUGUCAAUGUACUGUAUACAUUCCUCAUCACUUUUAUCAGUGGCAUACUUCUACUAUGGCUAAUGUAGUAUAACAUUACUGUGAUAGUUUUGUUCUUCAUAAUGCACAGAGAUACUGCACAGAGAAACCCGCUCUUGUCAAUGGUUAAGUCCUGUUUGUCGUCUUUGUGAAUGGACAGGAUUGUCAACUGGUGUAGGACUUGUAAUUUACAUUUAAUUAAAUCUGGCAAAUACUUUGUACAUCGUUCAUAACACAAUACAUUGGUAGAUGUUGGUCCAUGGUUUACAAAAAGUGGGAGAUGGGGACACGUGGCAAAACAAUGCAUGUUUGCUUUUGUUUGUUUGUUUUUUUUCAUUGUGGUGUCUUUUUAUUUAAGCUUUUGUUUUGAGAAGCAGAAGAACAGCAGAUUCACUGAACAUGAACUGAGCUUGACAUUAAAGGUUAUAGAUAUCGAAGACGAAA